CGUUACCCUGAGCAAGCACUCAUGAGAUGGACAAAAAACUAACUCUACCUGCCUUUCUCAAAGUCCUCACCAGUAACAAUGUGCCUGUACCCAAGGCAAUGGCAGUAGCCAGCAAAGUGUACAAGGAAUCCAAUACGACUAGUCUCCUAGCGCAACUUACAGAUUUCAAGUUAAAGGCGAGUGGCGUGGAAGACAAGGAAACACGGAAACUCGUGCUAGCUGCGAUUCGCAAAGCGGGGUAUACUUCGCAGCCCUCGGGUCCGAAACCGAAACCAAAAAGUGACAGAUCCAGGAGUUUGGAUGAACAGCCCGUAGCAGGUCCAUCUGAACCGAGGGUCGCGAAUGCAAUGCAGGUAGUGACCACGCCAGUUAAGCGGAAACGAAAAUGGGACGACGACUUGAACGAGCUCCUUCCAGAUGGACCUUCAGACGAAGCUGCUGCGUAUGGCAGCUUGGAGUUCAGUGAGGUAUUAGAUGAGGCGGUUCUCAAGACAAAGUUUACGGUUGUCAAUCGCGCGCCAUUGAUGACAGCCUGGGCGACUGUGGUUGCGGAGCGAUUAGGAUUUGAGCGGGAGGAAGCGCUCAGCAUUGCUUCCGUUUAUACCGAAAUGAAUGCGAUAUCAAAGGGCGUGUCCCUCGGUAUCUUGGACAAAUCACGCAAUAAAGAGAUAGAACCUAUCAAGGAUGGCACACAACCUUAUGUCGACUUACUAGGAAGAAGGAUACCCCUGUAUCGGACACAAGACGAGAAAUGGCGUGCUCUCGACAACACCUUGCCUGCUCUCCCCAGUACAGCGUUUUCGUAUAUAUCUCGUGCAUUUCGACAGACGACUUCGCACGUCAUUGGCGCCCUCCGAUUAUUGGCCGAAAGCUUUCCACCUUCAGAGCUUAAUGACAAAGGUUUCGGAUUGUACGUCGAAUUCAGACCUGAUGUAGACGGGUGGGGUAAGCGUGGUGAGGUGCGCUGCGAAAAAAUUCUGUCACUCCGCAAGAAGGACAGAAGCACUGUCGCUGAGAUUGCUGUGAAAGGUGACAUUGUCAAGCUAGAAGUCAAUCAUGAGUCCAAAGCAGCCGAAGGUCCGGGUGGGAUACAAUCUGCCAUGUCGGAAGGACCGGAACACAAGAACGCACGAACGAUGAUCCUGGAGGAGUACGAAGCUGCAUUGGACCAGGAUAACACAUUUGAUGAUGUAGACCUGAACUUUGAAUUUUAAUUCAGCAGCGAAUCUGAUUCAAAUCGGAUUGCCACGAGGACACGUUACUGUCAUGGAACAUCCGUAGAACACCUCUAUAUUUAGCAAGUCCUUUUUGGUGGUGUCCAAAAAGCGAUGCAUCGUUGGGCGUAGUGCGAUUCGGAUCGGUUUUCAUCACGGUUGCACUACCUUUAGCCCAAUGACCGAGGUGGAGGGCGAUGAUGCGUCUAGGAAGCCACUGUUCCCUAGGCAGAGGACUUUGGACGGCAAACGUUCCGACAACCUCAAUAAUAGAUGCAGUGAGUAUUUUGCUUCUAUGCCCGCAUUCCCGUAUAAUAAACUGUGCUCCCAUGUAGGGGAUCCUUGACCAGCUUGUCGG